UGCCCCGCGUAGCGGCGUUUAGGCCGGGCAGCCUCUGUGAGGAGCGAAGCCGUGGCCAUGAAGGAGGAGAAGGAGCAUAGGCCUAAAGAGAAGCGAGUAACCCUGUUGACUCCCCCGGGGGCCACAGGCAGCGGCGGUGGGGCUUCGGGCGACACCGCCAAAGGGGAAGAUAAGCAGGAUCGAAAUAAGGAGAAGAAAGAGGCGCUGAGCAAGGUGGUAAUUCGGAGAUUACCUCCCACUUUGACCAAGGAGCAACUUCAGGAACAUCUUCAGCCUAUGCCGGAGCAUGAUUAUUUUGAGUUUUUUUCUAAUGAUACUAGUCUGUAUCCUCAUAUGUAUGCCAGAGCAUACAUCAACUUUAAAAACCAAGAGGACAUUAUUUUGUUCAGGGAUCGCUUUGAUGGUUAUGUAUUCCUUGACAAUAAAGGUCAGGAAUAUCCUGCUAUAGUAGAAUUUGCACCUUUUCAAAAAGCUGCAAAAAAGAAGACUAAGAAAAGAGAUACCAAAGUCGGGACUAUCGAUGAUGAUCCAGAAUAUAGAAAAUUUUUGGAAAGUUAUGCUGCAGAUAAUGAGAAAAUGACAUCUACUCCAGAGACACUGCUAGAGGAAAUAGAAGCAAAAAAUAGAGAAUUAAUAGCUAAAAAGACAACCCCACUUUUGAGCUUCCUGAAAAACAAGCAGAGAAUGAGAGAAGAAAAAAGAGAAGAAAGAAGGAGGCGAGAAAUAGAAAGGAAAAGACAAAGGGAAGAAGAGAGGAGGAAAUGGAAAGAAGAAGAAAAACGAAAAAGGAAAGACAUAGAAAAGCUGAAGAAGAUAGACAGAGUUCCAGAAAGGGACAAAUUAAAGGAUGAACCAAAGAUUAAGGUACACAGGUUUCUGUUACAAGCUGUGAAUCAGAAAAAUCUACUCAAGAAGCCAGAAAAAGGAGAUGAAAAAGAAUUAGAUAAAAGAGAAAAAGCCAAGAAACUGGACAAAGAGAAUCUGAAUGAUGAAAGAGCCAGUGGGCAGAGUUGUACCCUGCCCAAGCGCUCUGAUGGUGAACCUAAAGAUGAAAAGCCUAAGAGGCCCGAAGAGGAGAGUGUCCGAGACUACCGGGAGCGGGAGCGGGACUACGAGCGAGACCAAGAGCGCAUCCUGCGGGAGAGGGAGAGGGAGAGGCUGAAGCGGCAGGAAGAGGAGCGCCGCAGGCAGAAGGAGCGCUAUGAGAAGGAGAAGCCUUUUAAAAGAAAGGAAGAAGAAUUGAAAAAAGAGAAAGAAGCCCUUCGGGAUAAAGGAAAGAAGACUGAAAGCACAGAAUCAGUAAGCAGCUCAGAAAAAACUGAAAAGAAAGAGGAAGUGGUUAAGAGAGAUCGCAUAAGAAACAAGGAUCGCCCAGCAAUGCAGCUUUACCAACCAGGAGCUCGAAGCCGAAAUCGACUCUGUCCACCUGAUGACAGCACCAAGUCUGGAGAUUCAGCAGUAGAAAAAAAGCAGGAAAGUGGUAUUAGCCAUAGAAAAGAAGGAGGAGAGGAGUGAUAAGUCCAGAAGGCCUUAGGUGUCCUGACUGUCUAGGCAGCCAAAGAGCAUGUAUUAAGCAAUCCAGAAGUGCCUUCAGGGCAAAGGAGUAGAGAGAGAGAAAGGGGAUCGCUGUGCUAGUGGGGUACACUGCGGAGGAGUCUGUUUUUUUUUCUUUGCGUCAAAGCAGGAACCUGACCGCAGGUUCAGGUUGGAAGUUCAAUUUCAUUUUUUAUGCAGUUCCUACAAAUUAACUUUAAAGUGUCAGACAAAGAUGGGGGAGAGGACAUGCAUUGCAAUUUGCAGGCAGGAAGGGUCAGGUGAGGACUUCAUUAGGUAUGACACAAGGAGGGGGGAAAAAAGACAGCUGGUUCUGAGAGCAAGGUUUGUGAAAUCCUGGAUUGAAUUCUCUUCAUUUGAGUGGAACAGAGUCACUGUGAAGUCUUGUUCAGAUCUAGUUACAUUCAUUGUCGGUGGUAACUUGACUUUGUGUAGUGUAGGUGCAACAAACAUGUAAUUGUAGUACAAGGACAGUGGAGGAUAUAACAGAUUUUUGCCUGUACAAAAAUUUAAAGUCCUGUCGUGUCUAUAUCCUGUGUCCUAAAGUUUUAGGAUUAGUUUUAGUUUUUUGUUUGCUUACAUGAGCUUAGCACAAAGAGUAUUUUUAAACACCUCCUUUUUUGCCUUUAGCAGUUUUUAUAUUAAUAAGUAAAAUUUUAACCCUUGUUUGGUUCUUGACAAUCCAGUCUUCGUUUUAAUCUUAGGUCUCUUGAUCUGAGUGCACACCCUUUCCAGGAAGGAAACCGUACCAAUAUUUGUUCCUGUCAAAUAGCAACUUUUGUCCUGGCUUGUUUUGCAUUGAUGUCAAUAAAUAACAGCAUCGCUCAAG